AUGCAGCUCAGCACGCAGCAGCCGGCAGGCAGGAUCCGGAGCCCGCGGGACAUCAGGGGCAGACGGCUCCUCCCCCAGCUUGGGACCCCAGAGGGGCUCAUUUCCCAGCUCAGGAGCAGGAGCAAACUCUUCUCUGCAGAGAUGAUUCUGUAUGUGCUGGGGGUUUGUUUGGCCCCUGGAAAUUUAAACUGCAAUCCCUUUAGCAAGUCCAGCUUCCAGCGAUCCAGUGCCUAUGGCCAGUGGAGUCUUGUCCCAGCCCACAUGCCACCUGAGCUUCUGCAGUCACGCUUUAUAGAUGACGACGAUGUUGCUGUUGUUGUGGCUGAUGUAAGAAGAGAUUUCUCAGUUGUCCACUACUCCCAGCCCGGCAUUCCCAGGUGUCCCCAUUCGGUGAUCAGCACUGCACAGACACUCACCAUGGAGUCUGGGCUCAGCUGGGUUUUCCUUGUUGCUCUGUUACAAGGUGUCCAGUGUGAGGUGCAGCUGGUGGAGUCUGGGGGAGGCUUGGUCCAGCCUGGGGGGUCCCUGAGACUCUCCUGUGCAGCCUCCGGAUUCACCUUCAGCAGCUACUACAUGAGCUGGGUCCGCCAGGCUCCAGGGAAGGGGCUGGAGUGGGUCUCAUACAUUAGUAGUAGUGGUAGCAGCACAUACUACGCAGACGCCGUGAAGGGCCGAUUCACCAUCUCCAGAGACAACGCCAAGAACACGCUGUCUCUGCAAAUGAACAGUCUGAGAGGCGAGGACACGGCCCUGUACUACUGUGCGAGAGACACAGUGAGGGGACAUCAGUGUGAGCCCAGACACAAACCUCCUGCGGGGCAGCGCGGGGCCGCCAGGGGGCGCCCAAGACACAGGAGCAGAGUCAGCCCAGGGGACAAUAAUGGGUAA